AUGGAAGAAAAUACCCGUCUUGGGUACGGCAUUGGCUUAGGGCUUCUAGCGAUGGGGCUCUUCGUGGUUUACGUUCCAGUCUUGUUGAUCUUAUUCGUUGACAAGGAAUUUCGACGUUCGACCGCCUACAUUAUUAUAACGCAUAUUGGUGUGAUGGACGUCCUACAACUCUUAAUUCAUAUGUACGCUGCUGUGGCCGUCAUUGCCGAUAUUCAUAUUCAGUCUGUCAUCCAAAAGGUCAUCGGUGCAUUACUUACUGGUCUGUGGUUUUCCAUGAUAUGUUUUACAAUAUUCCUCACAUUCAAUCGUCUUUCCAGUAUACUAUUGGAACGAUGGUUUCCUAUUCUCACUUCUCUCUAUCUCAACUAUGUGUUGUUCGGUGUCUGUUAUUUGAGUUUUAUCAUUCCAUUCCUACUAAAACUUCUCCCUUUCUGUAACUAUGUAUUCAAUCCCCGGACUUUUUCGUGGUCCUAUCUGCCGACAGAUGAUGUUUUAUCAGCGAUAAUGUCGGAAACCAGUACAUAUCUACUUUUAGUAUUCGUUAUAGCAUCGACAAUAACAUAUGCAUCGAUUUUCUGCUAUAUUGGCUUCUUUAGUUCAUCUAAACUGAGCAAACGAGAAUUUCGGAUUACGAUUCAGGUAAUCGCCGACAGAAAAAUGCCUGCCGUUGAACGACAACUGAUUGAAUGCCUGCAUCACGUCAUCAAGGGCACUGAACCGCAUCAGGUCGGAAUUCUGUGCCCUCAGGAUGAUCAAAGAAAGGCCCUCACGGAACAAUUCGGUCCUAAAACUUCGACACCGUUUUGCAAGGAGGUCGACUCAUUGAAGCAGCUCUCCAAUCUUGAUGCCCUCAUAGUUAAUCAGGCACUUGAUGAGGUUCGUUCACUUUCAAUUUUCACUGAACUUGUAGUAGUAGUGUAA